UUUAUUCUUUUUUUUUGUUACAGAUACAUAUACCAGCGGAUGCUUGGAUAUACCGUCGGUCUGGUACUCCAUGUCACCAACAUAUACAAUAUGAUAGCCUUUUACAAAGGUGAUGUACUAAAUGACCCUGAGGUGAAGCGGUUCCAUGACAAUCAGUUCAGGUUCUUGACUAUAUGGAAUGUUUAUAUGCAAGUAAUAUACAUGGCUCUCGGUCUAUCCUGCGAUGUCCUGACACUCACGAACCAGGGAAAGGACAGCUCAUUGCUGAAGAGUUUGAAGACCAUCAGGGAUCCAUUGUUUACCAACAUUGUAAUGCCAUUCUCAAUUACUGUCAGCUUAACAUUUUGGACGAUAUAUACCUACGAUGGGGCAUUGAUCCUGCCACCCAGCGUCGACAAGACUAUCACUACAACCUCCAAUCAUAUAAUGCAUACAUAUAUAGCUCCGUUAGUGCUUUGGGAAAUACUAUUUAGGCCUAGAAAGAGACCUGAAACACAUCUAGGUAACCUGCUAAUGAUUAACUUGUAUGCUGCUUUCUAUCUUGUCGUAAUCAUAGUCGGCUACCUCGAACAAGGUCUCUGGGUGUACCCAAUAAUGGACCAAUUACAUGGAACCAUAUAUUUCUAUGGAGUUGUGGGCGUUCCUCUCAUCACAACAAAUGUAGCAUAUAUCUUACAAUGGUAUCUUACUGACCUUAUAUGGAAAGGCGAUGGUAAUAGGAAGAAAGUCCUGUAAAUACCCUUAUAAUAACUAUCGUGAGACACUAGUAUUUAAACUCGAAACGGGAUAUUUACCAACUGGUAUAAAAAUAGUGAGUGAUCAUGA